AUCUAACGCUUCUUCGAGCUCUACCGCCACUUACAAUGGCGUCAUCAUCAUCAAUCGACGAGCUUCCUUCGUCUGCCGCCGAAACCUUAACCUCCCAGCCUCCUUCAUCCACCACUGAAUCACUUCCGAUGGAAACGUCAGCAAUCGAAAUCAACGGGCUUCCAUUACUCACCAAAACCCUAACACCUCCUGCUCCGGCCGAGCCAAUUCCAAUGGAGACAUCAUCAAUCGAAGUUCUUCAUCCUGCUCCCGUCGAACCAAUUCAAUCGUCCGAUUCAAAUCCAACGGAUAACAUUGAAUCCGUUGGGGAGAAACGGAAACGCGCGGAUGAUGAGAAGACCAAUCUCGAAUCGUCGGAGAUGAAGGCUACUCCUUCGCCGUGGUGGAAGACGAGUCUUUGUUCUUAUUUUAGGCGUGAGGCUUCGUGUAGCCAUGGAAGUGAGUGUAAGUAUGCUCAUGGUGAGCAAGAGCUCCGGAUGAAACCAGAUAAAACUUGGGAUCCGACUUCUGAGCGUGGUAAGAAGACGAAGGCGAUGAAGAUGUCUGAGAAAGAAGAGAAAGAAGAUGAAGAGGUUUUGUUCACUGAGCAGAUGAUGGAAUCAAUUGAUGAUGAUGGUAGUGUUUUUGAUUUGUCGCUUAGUAAAUGUUUGGUGCAUUUACCAAGGAAAUGGCAAUCAGAUGAACUGAAGACCUUCUUAGGAGAGCAGGGAGUUCAAUAUAAGUCUGCGAAGAAAAGACGAGGAAUGAUGGUUGGUUUUGUGACAUUUGAGAAUGCAGAACAAUUGCAGAGCGGCGUGGAGAUUUUGGAUGGGAAAACUGUUAAUAGCAAUAAGUUGAAGAUCGCCGAUGUUCUUCCCCGCACAUUUGACAAGAACGAAACAAAAAAAUCGGUUAAAUGUGCUCGUGAAGCUGUGACACCCUUGGCAGACAUGCCUUACGCGGACCAGCUUGAACAAAAAAAGGCUUCUAUUGGGCAAAUGCUGAAAAAACUUGCAAGGAGUGCGCGUAAAGCUUGUCCAAAUGGGAGGUCACUUCCAGAAUGGGUCCUUACGUCUAGAGACAGAGGUGGUCUUGCAUGCAACUUCGAGGGCAUUAUAGAAUCACCAAUUUCUAAUGGCUACAGGAACAAGUGUGAGUUCUCGGUUGGAUUAUCUCUUCAGGGAAAGCCAACUGUUGGAUUCAGUCUAGGAAGUUUUUGCGCGGGUGUGACAGCAGUUGAGGAGCCUGUGAAUUGCCCCAACGUCUCUCAAAUUGCUCUUCAAUAUGCUUCAAUCUUUCAGAAGUUUAUAGAAAAAUCAAAGCUCCAAGUUUGGAAUAGGUUUGAACAUAGUGGGUUCUGGCGACAGUUCUCGGUUCGAGAAGGGAGAAAACCUGGCGUGUUUUCAAAUGACGAAGAUGCGGUUACAAGAAUUGCGGAGGUUAUGCUUAUUGUUCAGGUUUGUUUAACUGGUUCUGAUGAGGCAGAAGUGGCCACGGAGUAUGAAGAAAUGGCAAAAGCAUUUGCUGAAGGAGCUAGAGCAAGCUCUCCAACUCUUCCUCUGACUGUAUUAGUUGUUCAGAACCAUACAGGAAUAUCAAAUGUUGCACCACCCGACGCCCCACUGCAAGUGCUGCCUAUUCCAAUGUCAGAUAAUGGGAAAAAUCAGGAGCAGGCUACCAAUGUCUUGACCGAAGCUCGGAUUCAUGAUCAUAUUAACAACCUUCGGUUCAGCAUUUCCCCGACAGCAUUUUUUCAGGUUAAUACUGUCACAGCAGAAAAGUUAUACUCAGUUGCUGGAGACUGGGCUGGCCUUGGUCCGGACACUUUACUCUUCGAUGUAUGUUGUGGAACUGGAACAAUCGGGCUUACACUGGCACAUCGUGUUGGCAUGGUAAUUGGCAUAGAAAUGAAUGCUUCGGCUGUAGUGGAUGCCGAAAGGAACGCAACAAUCAAUGGCAUUAGCAACUGCAAGUUCAUCUGCUCAAAGGCAGAGACUGUGAUGAGCUCUCUACUUAAACAGUACUUAGAUGUGACUGAAAUGGAAGAAGCUAAGCCUGUAAGUAAUGCUAACGACAAAAAAAUUCCCUCAACAGAAGAAAUGUCAAACUCAGAGCAUGUGGCUGAUCAAAACCUACCUCCUCCAAACACUCAAGUAGAAGAACUUCAAGACAAUGCACAGAAGGAUUCCUCGUCCAUAGAGCCGGAAAAAGCUAUAAAACCACAGUUCAGAAACGUGGUUGCUAUAGUCGAUCCACCUCGUUCUGGACUUCAUCCAGCUGUAAUUAAAGCUUUAAGAACCCAUCCCCGGCUAAAGAGGCUUGUGUACAUUUCAUGCAACCCCGAAACGCUAGUGGCAAACGCGAUAGAGCUUUGCACACCAUCUUUUGAUGAAGCGGAUAGAGGAAACAAAACUUACAGAGGGAACAAGAAUAUAGGCAUUGCCGGUUUGGCUCGUCGUAGAGCCAAGUCAAUGCCAACUUCUGAGCCUUUUAGACCUGUCAAAGCCAUGGCCGUUGAUCUUUUCCCCCAUACUGACCACUGUGAAAUGGUAAUGCUCCUUGAGAGGUAAGAAUAUGCAAUAAACUCAUUAAGAAUGUGAUGUAGCACCAAAAGAACAACCAACAACUAUUUUUGUUUUGCAUAAACACAAUUUAAGGAUUAUAUAUGUUUUCCAUU